AUGGAGGAAAUGGGCAUAACCGAGGAGCAGCCAACUUGUGCCUUCUGCCACUGCCCAUUCCCCGACUCUGACGCACUGCCCUGUGGCCAUUACCUUUGCUCAAACUGUAUUGAAGAUUCCCAGGCCAAGGGUAGACUGGACUGCCCAGUGUGUGCCAAUCCGUUGGUCUCGGAGCCCAGGCCGGAUGGGGCAAGCCAGCCUGAGGAAGCAGCUGCCUCUGCCCUCAUGGCCAAGCUCCCCUUACCUGGAGGGGAACCUCAGGUGGUGAGCGUAGGUGCGCCUGUGGCCAAACUUCCCAGUGAUCUGAUAGAGAGACAGUGCCGUGAACACAAGGAGCCUCUGGAGUUUUACUGUGAAGACGAUGGAGAGUGUGUGUGUGGGCCGUGUACAAUAACGGGCAAACACAAAACCCACUCCCUGCUCAGCUUGGAAAAGGCAGCGGCUGAGAUUAAGAUGCAGAUCAAUCGGCUGCAAGGAAACAUUUCGAAGAAGUUCUCCGAGUGGAGGAAGAACCUGGAGGAGGAUGAAGAGAAUGUGCUGAAAAUGAUUGAUGAGGAAGGAGUCCGACUGACAGCUCAGAGCAGCUAUUGUUCAAAAACAUUAAAUGAAAAGAUGGAUUUGAUCAAACUGAUAGAUGAUGAGGCCCAGAGUCUGACACAAGGCGAUCGUCUGUCAUUUUUCCAGAAAUCUAAACAGCUCCUUUCAAAGGCAAGAGAGCUUCAGGACCAGAAACCACUCAGCAAUCAGAGGGAUAUGCUGAACAUCCGUGCUAUAUCUGAGCAAGUCAAGGUGCUGAUCGAUAAAUCGAUGGCAUAUUACUCAAUCAUACUGAACAUGAUAGGUGAAUGGGCACGGCUCACCCUGGAUACCAAAACCGCCUACUGGUUCUUGACCGUCUCUGAGGACGCCCGCUCCCUGACGUUCGGAUACGACCUACAGCCUUACCCGUCCAAUCCGGAGCGGUUCAGGACCCACCGUCAGAUCCUGUGCUGCCAGAGCUUCACCUCGGGUUAUCACUCCUGGGCAGUGCAGGCUGAGGGCAUUGCCUGGGGCAUAGGGAUCGCCUACGGGAGUAUAGCGAGGGAGGGCGAGAACUCAGAUCUGACCAACUCCAACAAAGCUUGGUGCAUUCACCUGAAUCAUGGCACCCUCGCAGCCAGUCACAACGGGCUACACACUGAUAUCAUCAAGGAGCCAUUGCACAACAAAUUCCAGGUUGAGCUAGACUAUGAGUCAGGCUAUGUGUCGUUUUACCAGGUUAAAGCCACGGUUUACUCACUUUUGGAUGAACUUAGAGCGAAGAUCAUGAAUGCAGUUCAAAUUAUUCCGCAGCAAAUGGAGGUUGUUUUCAACAAGGCUUAUAAAUAG